AUGGUUGCGUUCUCAGGCGUGUUCCUGCACUCGCUGUUGUUCCUCGUCGCUCUGCCACAGCUCAGUAGUGCCACGCCCGUUCCAGUGGCCUCUUCAGCAGGUACGCGGCAGCGCCACGCCAUCGCCGAGCUGCUCUCCUUCCUCUGCAGCAUCAAGCCGCUGAAUGUCCUCUUGUGCGGAUCGCACUCCAAAGGUUCACAAAAUGACGCAUCCGUCACAAUUACAACGCCAUUAGGCGACGCAUCCGGCGUAGCGGACACGUCGUCCGUCGGCCGGUUCGCGGUACGCUAUGCGACAGCCGAGAGGUGGCAAGAGUCGACAAUGGUGUCGAAGUGGGAGCUCCCAAAUGGCGCUACGGAUCCAUCUGCGCUGCCGCUCGCGUGCCCGCAACCUCAGUCUGAUGAGAACAGUUCGAAUACGGAUGAAGACUGCCUGUCGAUGAUCCUGUAUGUUCCCGCUAUCGCCGCGACGAGCAAGGUUCCCGCAAUGAUGUGGUACGUGAUCCAUGGAGGCUCUCUUGUAAUCGGUUCAGCUACGGGACCAGGGCUCGACGGCGCUGCUCUCGCACAGGCAACCGGAUCUAUAAUUGCUGUUAUACAAUAUCGGCUCGGUGCAUUCGGCUUUCUUUCUCCCAAUGGGAAAAGCAACCUUGCCGUGAAAGACACGAUCACCGCUCUGCAGUUCUUGCAGAAGACCUUACCCAGUUUCAACGGUGACACGAAUAGAGUGACGAUCGCGGGUCAGAGUAGUGGAGCAACCAUGGUCCGAGCACUUCUUGCCACACCCUCUGCAUCCAAUCUUUUCAGAGGCGCCAGUUUACAUUCAGACCCGAUGAACUUCGGCUUCCUUUCUAAAGGAGCAUUUCAGACGCUCAACAAUUUCCUCAAGUCUCAACUCCCUUGUGAUUCCAGCGAUACAGCAUGCCUAAACGGGCUGUCUACAGAUGAUGUGUUAAACGUAUCCCAAACUGUCUUCGGGCAGGCUCCUUCGCUAGACGCCUCCACCGGAGCUUUCAUGCCUAUGCGGCCGGUCACAGAUCACUCGCUCAUAGCUUCCCCUCUUGACGCCACCGCACCAUUUCCAGGCCAGUCAAAGUCGAUCAUAGUCUCCACGGUACGCAACGAAGCAGGUCCGACCAUUUUCGGCAUGCUCACGAGCCCGAUUCCUGUGAGCGAAUUUCCUGUCGUCGUUAACGCGUCUCUUGGCUCUGCACGAACGUCGACAGUCUUAAACUCGCAACACUACGUCCUACCACCCACAAACGCAGCCAACGUCUCGUCCGUUGAUACUCGCCCAUUAAUCGAGACAAUCGGAACAGAUCAAGUCUGGCGAUGCCCGUCUUGGACAUUCUCACGUUUGUGGGCGGGAGCAGGUGGUAAAGUGUUCGUCGGCGAAUAUGCUGUCGGUGCGACAUAUCCAGACAACGAAGACAUUGCGUUCUGUACUGAAGGACGCAAGGUCUGCCAUGAAGACGACAUCAAGGUUGUAUUUAAUACAGUAACUUCUCCAUCAAGCGCACAGAAGAGUCUCAUGGCACAGGUGCAAGCACGCUUGAAGGCAUUCUUUGCAACUGGCUCGCCCGCUGCAUAUGGAUUCCAAAACUGGAACCCAGUGUCUAGCACUAAUGUGAACGCAAUGGUACUUGGUGAUUCGGGCGGUUUAGCUGACAUUGGCGCGUGCGAUCCCAGCUUCUGGGGUCAGGCAGUACAGUACGACUAUCAGCUAUUCGGCAUCUGA